AUGGAUUCACCCACGCCUUCAGUAACACCUUCUUCACCUACUUCGUCUGUUGCAUCGACGCCAACACCACUCAACCAUGAGCCUGAAUCGUUCCCUGAUUAUUCUAUUUGGACACCAGAUCGCUUUGCAGCUUUUCCAGGCCUAGGACUAUACCAUGAGCCUAAGAAAGAACUCAAAUGGUGGAAGUAUGGUUUUCGACUCAAGGACCCCCAACGGCCGUUGAAGCUACAGCAGAUCUGGGUGUGCGAGGCGUGUCUUCUUGUAAAAAAGAAAACCGCAUUCGUGGCCAGUGGCAGUAGAUCUAUAGAGAAGCAUCUCAAAGAAAAUCACAGGGUGGCAGAAAAGGGGAAGAAUGCACCUACGUCUACGCCGUCUUCACAACGUACGCUUGACUCCAUGGUCGACUUUUCACAACCACAGCAGCAGGCACUCCACGGGCAGCUCGCGAUUCGCUUUAAUAAGGCGCUGAAUAACCUUUUGAUUUUGGACUGGCUUUGUUGUUCAAAUUUGCCGUUCAGGAUCGUAGACAACUCUCGCUGGCGCCGUCAACAGCUGUACAACAACCCGAUACUAAACGAGCAAGACCUACCACAUUCGAAGACCAUCGUCCGCUUACUCCUGGCCGAGUACAAGCGAGCAGUACCCCAGAUCAAGAGCUUUCUACGAACGGCACGUAGUCAAAUCCAUCUUACUUUUGAUGGCUGGACCUCGAGAAAGUUUGUCUCGUUUAUUGGAGUGCAUGCUCAUUUUGUGGACAAAGACUUCAGGAAAUGGACCAUAUUAUUAGGUCUUCCUGCCCUGAUCAAGCGUCACACGGGGUCUGACGUCGCUGACGAGGUUCUAGCGGUAAUCCGCUUCUUCGAGAUCGAGGAUUUGAUAGGCUACUGCACCUUGGAUAACGAGUCGAAGAACAAGACGACUAUGGCAAAGAUUGGUGAAGAACUUGGUUUCGAUGGUGUUGAUCGGCAGAUAAGCUGUGCUCCGCACGCCUUGCAACUCGCCGUUCGUGCCUUGCUUUAUGGAGAUGGGUGUAAACGGCUGCCGCUUGAUCAAGUAUUGGAAACCUGGCUUCAGGAAGAAUUUGCUGAUGAGCGUCAAGAAAACGACGCUUUGGAGCGUGCUUUUGGCGCUGUGGCCGUGAAUCUGGAGGAAGAGGAGCAGGAGGAGGAAGAGGAAAACGACAAUAAUCUUAAUCAGCAGGAUUUAACUAGCGAAGAUGGUAACGGUAACGAUUCUUCGGAUACUGGCAGUUUUUCCGACGGUAGCGAGUCUGAUGUUGAAGACGAGGCUGGGGUAUCUGAAGCUGAAGUUGAAGCUUUAACCAGCGCUUUUGAUUACCUUACGCCAAACCAGAUCACCACCAAGACCAUGACAAAGUACCACAAGAAUGGCCCGUUUGGCAAGCUUCACAAUCAUGGCAACUGCUUUCACAAAAGUAGUCAGCUCGUCGGCGCCCUCCGCCAGAUUCAGCGCGAUCUCGACCCUCAAGCAACAGUCAAGGAAUGGAUCCAAAAUAAUGCAACGCGGUGGCAAAGCGACGAGGCCAUGGCGGCGCGCGCCUUGGAGCUGAAGCAGGUAAUCAACCGGCUGCAUCAGAAUUUGACAGAUCACUGGGAAGGUGCUGGGUCGAAGCAGGGUGAUAAGCCACCAAUCCUUGAAUUUAGAUUGGGUCCCCAGGAUUGGCGAGUGGUUGAAGCAAUUCAGAAAAUCCUCCAGCCAUUCAAAGUCGCUUCGAAAAAGCUUCAGGGCAACGGACCUGCUGGUGCGCUUGAUCAGUAUUUUCCGCAGAUGGAAUACCUACUUCUUCAUCUGGAGGACUGCGCUGCUGGCAACUGCUAUUCUGAGAGGAUUGAUCCUGAAAACCCUGCUGGAGAUCCCAUCCCAGAGAACGUAAAGCUGUUCGCGAAUCUGAGUAACCAGCAACGCCGCUUCUUAAAGGCUUACAUCAAGGUAGGCCUUUGGAAACUACAACAUUACUAUGACAAGCUUGUCAACUUGGCCUAUGCUGCCGCCGUAGUCUUCAACCCCAAUAUGAAGAUGGCUGGAUUGCAAGGCAUUUUUGAUGCUGAGCCUCAGCGGCAACAGCAAUCUUGGCGAGACCACUACCUUGGCCAGUUGAGGACGAGAUGGACUGAGAACUAUAAGACUCGACCGUCGUCUAGCUCCGAUGCACCAACCCCUGCCAACCAACAGCCAGUACUCACAAUGCUUCAACGCCGGAAGCGAUUUUACCAAGCCGACGCCGCCAGCGAGGUCCCUGAUUCACAAGGAACACAAGACACGCAGCAAACGGCUAAGAGGAGGAAAGGUAAAAAGGCAACGCCAAUUAGACUUGAAGAUACGCCAGACGACGAGCUUGAACAAUACCUGGCAGCGCCUAUCAACGACCUAUCGGCCUACUUCGACGACCCAGUGGGCUGGUGGCGGGACGUUUGCGCCAGGCGUUUCCCAACGUUAUCCUAUAUGGCAGUGGACUACCUUUCCAUCCCUUCAGCCCAAGCAGAAACUGAGCGCCAAUUCAACAGCGUGGGUGAAAUGGUAUCAGCCAAAAGAACUCACCUUGCUCGUCACGUUAUUGGCGCAAGCCAAUCUAUCAGGUCUUGGAGUAAAGUGGGCGUGUAUAAGCCUGAAUUACCGCUUGAUCUGCUAGAUAAGCUACCGAAUACGGCAUUGGAUUACGAUACUACACGUGAGCUGGUUGACUGGGCGCGACGGCGCUGA